CUUCUUAACUGCCUGUUCGCCGUCUGUCGUCUGUCGCGUCGCCUGUCAAAUUCAUCCAACAAAUAUGUAUCUGUUGCUCGCUGUCACCCCGAGUGUAACACCGGUUCGCUACGCUUCAUCCGCGCAUCAGCGAUAUCCUAUGUCUAUGUACAGACCACGGCGACGGCGACGACGACGGCGACGUUCACAUAUUUACGUUACGUUAAUUUGUUUCCGCGCGCUCCUUUUUCAUGAUGUUAUCUCACGUUUAGUGUGAAUAUCUUAUAGCGUCACGUUUCAUCAUGCGUGGGGAUCCUAAGCGUACGCGCGGGAAACACUUCCGCCUGAAACUCAUUGUUUAUGUUUCUCAAAUUCUGACCGAGGUGAUGUAGAAAGAAAAUAAAACAUCAAAGAUUGGCAUCUGUUUUGACGGGGCAUUGCAAUAUAACUGAAGACACGACGGACGAAGAUAAAAAGAUGGUGUCUCUGCCUAGUGCAGAGCCUGGCACAAUGGAUAGAAUCUCAGAUGAUGAUGACGACGAGCCAAGUAGUGGGUCUGAAACAUAUGAGGAGGGUGACCUUUUGACAGCAGCUAUGGAUGAUGAUGUGACGGCCCAGCUCGCCGCUGCAGGUUGGCAAAUCAAACACGCUAAUGGCCCUGUUGGCGUAGCCGCCGCGGCGGCCAUUGUCUCAGCGAAAAAGAGGAAACGACCUCAUAGCUUUGAAACAAAUCCCAGCAUUAGAAAGAGACAACAAAACAGACUCCUAAGAAAACUUAGACAAACUAUAGAUGAGUUUGCAACGCGAGUUGGACAACAAGCAGUAGUAUUAGUAGCUACACCAGGAAAGCCAAACAGUAGUUAUAAAGUAUUUGGAGCAAAACCAUUAGAGGAUGUAGUAAAAAAUUUAAGAAAUGUUAUAAUGGAAGAACUUGAAAGUGCGCUCGCACAACAAGCUCCUCCACCAGUACAAGACGAUCCAUCUUUAUAUGAAUUACCACCUCUUAUAAUAGAUGGCAUACCAACACCCGUGGAAAAAAUGACGCAAGCUCAACUCAGAGCAUUCAUCCCUUUAAUGUUAAAGUAUUCUACAGGCAGAGGUAAACCUGGUUGGGGAAGAGAUAGUACACGGCCACCAUGGUGGCCAAAAGAACUUCCUUGGGCAAAUGUGCGUAUGGAUGCAAGGUCUGAAGACGAGAAACAGAAGAUUUCUUGGACACAUGCAUUAAGACAAAUUGUAAUAAACUGUUAUAAAUUUCAUGGAAGAGAAGAUCUUCUACCUGCAUUCAGUGAAGAGGAUGAUAAAUCAAAUGUACUGAUACAACAAUCGACUCCUCAUUCCUCGUCGCAUCCGUCACAUUCAUCCGGUCAAGGACAAGGUGGACAAUCGCAGCAACAACAGCAGACGGUGGGAGUUGUUCGCCUCAGCAGCACGGAUUCAUCUAAGGGAAACUCUUCGCCAGCACAAAUCAUUGCCGCGUCUCCUACAGCUCUUGCCACUGCCACUCAGAUGACAGCUCAAUAUCCGACAGCAGUUUUACAAACAAUAACGAACCCCGAUGGCACCGUAUCAAUCAUCCAGGUUGACCCUAGUAACCCAAUAAUUACGCUACCAGAUGGUACAACAGCUCAAGUUCAAGGUGUAGCUACUAUCCAUACAAGUCAAGGAGAAGUACAAGCACUUGCUGAAGUAGCAGGCAGUGGGGAAGGUACUAGUGUCGCUGUCGAUUUAAACAGCGUUACAGAAGCAACAUUAGGUCAAGAUGGUCAAAUCAUUCUCACAGGAGAAGAUGGACACGGCUAUCCUGUUUCCGUCUCAGGAGUGAUAACAGUACCAGUAUCUGCUAGUAUGUAUCAAACUAUGGUUGCCAAUAUUCAAAGUGACGGUACGAUGCAAGUAGUCACACCAAUGGUUCAAGUCCCAAAGGUUGAGCCUGGAAAUGGGGAAGCUAGCAUUGAAGCUGUCACUAUUCAAGGGCAUCCUAUGACAAUGAUAAACGCCGCAGGUGAACAUCAAGUUCUUCAAGUAAUAUCAUUGAAAGAUGCUAAUGUCCUCACGAAGGCUAUGCAAGCCGAAGUUGUAAAAGAUGAGGAUAGUCAACAACAACAAACCGUCUCUAGUCCAGAAUAAAGCGUUUUACAUAGUUAAUACAAAGCUUUUAUGUUAACACCAAAAUGCGACAGGUGCACAUUAGUGGUGUUCAUGAGAAGAAGAGUGAGAGUAUUAGAAAUGAUAUGUGUUAUUAAUAUUAAGGAAGAUGAUUGUGUCUUUUCUGAAUCAUCGUAUAGUGUGUUCUCUUGUUGAGAAACAGUAAAUGAAUAGCGAAUAUGUUUGGAGAGUGAAAAUGAUUGAAUGUUCGAUGACUCAUUGGACUUGAAUGUAAUCAUAUUUGUAUUCAAGAUUCAUUGUAGACACUUAGAAGUAUUCACUUGUAAUUCAAUUUCUCGAAGAUAGUACUAAUUUUUAGAAAGUACUGCGACGCUCGAUGAAUGAAAAUCGUUGAACAUGCAAAGUUUCAUCGAUGUAUUUAUAGUGAUAGUAUCCGUCGUCUGGAUAUUUAACAUUUUCCAAUAAGCAAACACGGAUACAAAUAUUUUCAUCUAGUCUUAGUGUCGGGUCCUUAAGAACGAUCGAUAUACCAAAGAAUUUUAAAUUUGCGUUAAACUAUUUUACGAAAGAGAUGAUUACUAACAAAUUAUAUAAUUUAAUUACAUCGAACUAAUGAUCUAAAAAGGACUUUAAUUGAACGAGUUGAUGCUGUAAACUAUAUAAUUCGAAUUUAUUUGUUAAACUUGUUAAUGAUAGAUUAUUUUUUCAGACAAGAUCAAGUCUCAAAAGUUGCUUAUGGUUUCAAAAAUAUUUAUGGAAAGAUCUGUCAUAUGUAAAAACCUUUUUGAAGUUCAAUGAAAAACGAAUUCAUAUUUCGUAGCAUCAGGAUUCCGAACUAAAUGUAAUUUUUGAGUUAAUCAAAUUUGGCUAUCGGAUUAAAACAAAAUGUAAUAUGUAGCCUAUUUUUAUGAUAAAUUGAGAUAUGGAGAUGAGUCAUUUUUCGGCGAUAGAGAUAUAUAACGAUACAUAUUAAUAUACAUUAAUAAUCGACAGUAGAGAUAAAUGAAAAAAAAAUUAAGCAUUUCUGACGGGUACAAAUAGGCUAUAAGACAUAAUUUUUUGAAAAAUAAGACAUAUGGAUUUGAAGUACACAUCCAAGAAACAUAAUUACUUUUAUCAUAUUAAUACUAUGUUAUAUUAGAAAAUUAUUUUUAGGUGAUGUUAUAAAGAACACUAUAUACAUAAUUCUCACAAAAAUGACAAUUAAAUUCUUCCAUUUCCAUUCUGUAUUACUUUGAUAGUGUGCAGAAUGUAGAAAUGGAGAAUUGCUUAUUGUUCUUUAUUUUCAUUUUCAGGUAAUCUAUUUAUUUUGGUUAUUAAUGAAAAAAAAUCAAAAUGUUUUCAUGCAUUUAAAUGCCAACUCACUUUUAUACAAUAUAUUUAAUGUUAGGAAGAAUAUUAUUUUUUCUGUGCAAUCUUGUUUCAAUGUUGCGGUAUCAAGUAUUGCAAGUAUAUGUGAUUGACUACCGAAAAUGAAUUUCAUUAUUCUGACGAUUUUAUUUACAUUUUUAUACUUUUUAGUAUCUUUGUGUGCAUCAUACGUAUAUAUAUAGGUAUGUGUGUCUGUACAUAUAUGCAUAUAUAUAUGUACACGCACACACGCACACGCACACACAUAUAUAUAUAUAUUGUUUUCAGAUGAUAACUAAUAAUGAAUUUGUGAUACUUGUUUAAUUAAUAUCUUUUAGUACAUGUGUCUCUAUCAUGAAUGAUGAUCAUGAAGUUCCUGUAGGUGUGUAGUACAGUCUUCUCUUUAAAAAAGUGUAUGUCAAGAGCAGAGUCGUAACAUUGAAACAACAAACUGCCCUCGACAUUAAGUAUGAAUGAUACCAAAAAGAAAGAAGGUUUUUAUAACAUUAUAGGAGAAAGUAGAUAAAUUUAAUAAUUAUCAGUAGAAAACAGAUCACAAUGACUAGAUAUUAAUUGUUAUAUUGUUUUUUAAAACUAUGGCCAUUACAUACAAGAUGUAAUAUAUUGAUACUCCCAUGUAAGACCAUGUUGUAUUUUUUUGUUCUUGUUUGUAAGAAAUCACACAGGACAUAAAUUAAGUUUAAUGUCAUUUGAGAAAAGAAUGUAAUACCAUUUUAGAUAAUUAUAGAUGUAUGUGUACAUGACUUUACCAUUGUGUAUCUUACAAUGUAAUUUGUACAUAUGUCAUUGUUGUGUCACCUUUCUGCUUUGGUUACUUUUGAUGUAAAAAGGUAAAAAAAAGGGAACUUGAAAAAUAUUAAAAAAUUCGAGGCAACAUAAGGAACCAAUAGAAGUUGCAAUUAAAAUAUAAUAUAUACAUAUCAUUUUGUUUCAUGAUCUAUUAAGAUUAUUAAGUCUUGAAAAGCAAUAUAUAAAUAAUACAUGUUUCAUAUAUUUUUUCAAUUCAUGAACAAUAUGCUUCAUGUAUGAAACAGAUACGACAUAUGAUAAAUAUUUGUCAAAAUCAAUAUUUAAUAAGAGACAUGACAAUUGGUAUUCUUUUAUCUUGAUUUAAAAGUUGAUUUUUUGUUUAUUUGUGACAAGUCUAAUAGAAAGCACCUCUAAGUGUAGAUACUAUGUUUAUUAAUUUAGAAUCAAUAAUUAAUGUAUAUCAUCAAUGGAUUGAAGCGCUAAUUCAGGCUUAUCAUAACCAAGCUCUUCUGGAGUGUUGAUACCUAAUUCAUCUAAUGUAGGUCUGAUUUCUUGCAAAAUGUAAGGAUAAAUUUCGUUAAGUUUGCUUCCACAUUUAUCCUUUACCAUCUCCAAAAUCCUGAUA